AUGAGUGACGAGAAAAAUGAAGUCGAUGAGCUCGAUAAUGAAGUAGAAGCCUUUGAUAAAAUGGAAAAAGACUUCCAGCUCAUCGUUUCCAACCUCGUUAAUGAUCAAACUCUCGAAAAAUUUAGAGGUGAAUACGAAAAAUUGCAUGUCGAACUCGUUAAAUCUCACAAUCAAAAUAAACAACUCAUUGACAAGUGCAGACAGCUAAAUGCUGAUAUUCUUUCGAAUGCAAACGUAAUUUCAAGUACUUUAUCUUUAAAUCAAAGUGACGCACGUACUAUUGCAGGUUUACGUACAGAAUUCGAAAAGGCAUGGAAAAUGGUCGAAAUCUCACAAGAAAGAGAGUCGAAAAGUAAAGAAGUCAUUGAAACUUUGAAGCAAGAAAUUUCAAACCUUUCAAGGUUAGUCGAACAAGGUGGAGCAUUAGCAUUUUCACAAGAAACAUCAUUACAAGAAAUGUCUGAUCAAAUUGCAGCUCUUAAAAAAGAAAUAACGAUGCAAACUACUCAAAUGCAGCAAAUUCGAGCGGCAAUAGACGAAAAAGCUAAAGAAAAAGAAGGAUUACUUGUAGAAACUAACAAAUUAAAAGAAGACGAACAAAAAAUAAACGAAGAAGCAAAUCAAUAUCGACAACAAAAUAAAAGCUUAUCGGAUGAGUCUGAAAGCUUAGUUUCCAAAAUAAAAGAUAUUAAAGAUCUUAUUGUUAACAAUCAAAACACAAUUACAAAUAAUUCUCAAAUUAUACAUGAUAGAGGCAUCAGUAACUCUGAAUUAGUUCAAGACAAGCUUACAGAAGACAGUAACAUGAAAGUUGCUGAAGAAGAUAAGAAUAUAAGCUUAGCAAGAGUAGUUAGCAAAACUCAAGACCACGAAGACGUAAUCAAGUUAGGAAAGAAGAUACAAGCAUCUAUACAAGGUGUAAGAGACAAAAUUGAGGAAAAGAAUGGAUAUAUUGAAGGACAAAAGAAAGAAAUGGAUAAUAUUCAGUCAGAAAACCAAGAAUUAACCAAAAUAUUGAACGAAUGCAAGCAAGCAAAGGAAGAUAUUGAUAAUGAACGAGCUCAAACUCGUCAAUCCUUUGCUAAAUAUACUCAUGAUCUUUAUAUCUUGAAUAGCCAAACAAGUAAAGUGAAUAUGAACACCAAAACAACUAAAAUGCAAUCAGACAAAGUUGUUGCCGAUACUCAUAUGCUUCAUUCCCUUUCUUCCAAAGAAAAACAAAAUUUGAAAGUUGUCCAAGACCAGCAAGCCAUCAUUACAGGCGAAGUAUCAGCUAUGAAGGCUAAAGCGCAAGAAGACCAGAAGAAAAUUGCUCAAAUCGAGACCGAAACUAACAAUUACCGUAAAAAAUCGAUAACAAUGAACGGAAACAUCUACCAAACAGGCGAAGAAAUCAAGAUAUUAGAGCAGUCAUAUGCUGACAGGUCCAAAGAACUCCAUACCCUUAAUGAACAGACGAAAAGGCAAGUAAGUCUCAUGGAAAUUGUCCAAAACGAAAGAGAUCUUGCUUGUAAACAACAUGUAAAAGCCAUGUUAGAAAACGAAGAAAUUGCAGCGAAUGUUGAUGUCUUAGUCCAUGAAAUUGCACAGUUAAAGAAUGAUAUAAAAGAAGCAGAUGAGAAAUGCGUUGCAACACAUUAUAAAAGGAAAGUUGUUGAAGAUUCUUUGGGACUAAUAGAAGCUGAUGUUGAGAAACUAAGACAAGAUUUAAAAGCAUGUGAUGAUGAAACAACGCAAUUACGUAAUAAAAUACAAAGAUCGGCUUAUUUAUUAUCACAAGCUGAACUAGAUACAAGAACACAGAGCCAUACUGCUGAUGAUUUAGAGUACUACACGAGAUCAGUCAAUAAAUCAACUGUUGAGAAAGUAAAUGAAGCAAACAUUCUCAAAGAAAAAGCAAAUUUGUUGACAACAGAAAUAAACAACGGUUCUUUAUCGUUUAAGAAGAAAAUGGCAGAGAUAAAUCAGCUGAAUGAUGAUUUAAAGAGAGAACUAGCACUUAACCAAAGACUUCUUGAUUCUAUAAGGCACAGUAGAGCUUUACAAUUAGAAAUAAUCAGAGUUGAAAAAGCUUUGAUUUUGGAACAAGGAAAAAGUAGAGCUCUUUCUGAAGAAUUAGAAAGACCAAUUAACAUUCACAGAUGGAGAAUAUUGAAUGGAACUAAUCCAGAGUUGGCUCAGUUGAUAAGAAUGAAUCAUGACGUGAGAGAUAAACUGAUGAUGAAGAUAAAUCAGUUGUCAAGACUAAGAGACACAAAAUCAAGAUUAAAAGAUAGAGCAGAUGUUUUAGAAACACAUCUUAAAAACGCUGCAGAAAGUGAAAGAUAUUAUGAUGAAUUCCAAUUCUUAACUGAAGUUUUGCAGCAGAAAACGGAACAGCUGAGAUCAAUGGAAGAACAACUGAACUCACAAAGAAACGUCGUUGGCGAUCAAAAGGAACAACUGACAACUGUAAGAACAAUGGUCAGAGAAGAAAAAUCUUCUUAUUACAACCAAAAGAAGAAAGUUGUCAAAAUGAGGGCUAAAACAGCAGCAGGAAAGAGACCAACGCCAUUACCACAAGUAAGACCUGUAAGUGCUCGUAAGGUUACACAGUUUGUAGGUGGUGGUUUCGCUGUAACUAAUGCAAAUAUCGAAAAUAGACCUCAUGAACGACCAAUGACAACAAACAACGCGUAUUCUCCUCGUAAGAAGAAAGAAGACGGUAUACAAGCAACGAGAUUACCAAGUGGAUGGAAUUCAAGAAGACCUCCUUUGGCACCUUAUCUUCCAAUAUUAUCUGAAUCCAAAGUUUAG